AUGAGUACGAAAGGCAGUCUUCAGAUGCACCAAAGAAUCCACACAGGGGAGAGGCCUUUUGAAUGCUCAGAGUGUGGAAAGAGAUUCACUCUGAGAGGCAAUCUUCAGAUGCACCAAAGAACCCACACAGGGGAGAGACCUUUUGAAUGCUCAGUGUGCAGUAAGAAAUUCAUUUCUCAUCAAAUUCUUCAGUUGCACCAGAGAACCCACACAAGGGAGAAACCAUAUGAAUGCUCAGAGUGCGACAGGAGAUUCAAUCGGAGUGACCUUCUUCAGAAGCACCAAUGGAGGCAUACAGGGGUGAAACCUUUUGAAUGCUCAGUGUGUGGAAAGGGAUUCAUUCAGAGAUGCAAUCUUCAGCGGCACCAAAGAACCCAUACAGGGGAGAAACCUUUUCAAUGCUCAGUGUGUGGAAAGGGAUUCAGUCAGAAUUACAGUCUUCAACGGCAUCAAAGACCUCGCACAGGGGAGAAACCUUUUGAAUGCUCAGUGUGUGGAAAGAGAUUCAGUCGGAGUGCCUAUCUUCAACAGCAUCGAAUAUCUCACACAGGGGAGAAGCCUUUUGAAUGCUCAGUGUGUGGAAAGGGAUUCAUUUGGAAGAGCCAUCUUCAAUUGCAUCUAAGAACCCACACAGGGGAGAAGCCUUUUAAAUGCUUAGUGUGUGGAAAGAGAUUCAGUGAGAGAGGGACUCUUCAACAGCAUCUGAGAACCCACACAGGGGAGACACCUUUUGAAUGCUCAGUGUGUGGAAAGAGAUUCAGUCACAGUAGCAGUCUUCGAUUUCAUCAAAGAACCCACACAACGGAGAAACCUUUUGAAUGCUCAGUGUGUGGAAAGAGAUUCAGUCACAGUGGCAGUCUUCAGCUGCAUCAAAGAAUCCACACGGGAGAGAAACCUUUUGAAUGCUCAGAGUGUGGAAAGAGAUUCAGUCGGAGUGCCUAUCUUCAGCAGCAUCAAAGAAUCCACACAGGGGAGAAACCUUUUGAAUGCUCCGAGUGUGGAAAGAGAUUCAGUAUCAGGAGGACUCUUCAACUGCAUCUAAGAACCCACACAGGGGAGAAA